AUGAAUGCCACAUUGAGCACAGUUUUCGAUAUCAACCACUUAGCCUCCUACGCAGUGGACAGAUUGACAACUUGUAUUAUAACAUCAGCACCGGCUCGGAUAGCGCACACUUUGCUUGAGAUGCGACCAUGGCUGAAGAUCGGUCUGAAGAAUUCCGUUAAUGUUCAGAAAGUGUUGAUUUACAACAGGCAAGACUGCUGUGGGGAAAGAUUUCGUAACGUCGAGGUGAACGUAACAGAAAACGGACAGAAUACUCCAUGUGGAUUUUAUCCCGGUCCUGCUGAAAGUAAAGAUCGCAUAUUAUUUCUGUGUGAAAAUGACACCCGAGGAGAUGGCAUCAUCAUAUCCAUUGUGCGAAAUGAACAGCCCGUAUUUCUUGGUGUGUGUGAAGUCGAGGUGUUUGGUCAGCCUUAAGAUGUAGAAAUGUAGCCCUUUCAUGAGGUCGAUUUUUAGUUAUACAUGUGUAUCGACCUCACAGAAAGAAAAAACAUUUAGA